UGAAGGGAUAAAAGGGUGCGUGGGUUUGGACUUCACUGCUUAUAUUUUGUCGCUGAAAUCUUGUCUCUGUUUCUUAUUUCCUAAAAAAAAAAAAAAAAAAGGAAUUCCUUUUUUAAUUUUCCUAUCACUCCAUUUGACUUGGAUGAUGAUACCCACCAAUAUCUAUUUAAUUUUCUUCUCACACUUGGGCACACUCUGACUGUCUCUCUCUCUACUCUCUACUCUUUCCCCCAAAUUUCGACUAAAGAAAUCGAAUCUCGUCUGCUGCUUUAUUACACCGAAAGCCAUGGCUGAUUUUGGAGGAGGGACUGUGGGUGGUGCUUUUCUGUAAGAAAGAAGCUGCCCUUCUGGUCAAAAGAAACGAACCGCCUUUCCUCCGCCAUUUUUCGUUUGUGCACAUGAUGACCUGGUUUUGGCGGUGUGUUCAGAUAUCAGACUAGGAUUCGGAUGCGUAUAUGUUGCGCUGCAGGGCAUUUGGGAGUUUGACCUGCGCUGAGGUUUUACAGGAUCUCAUUUUCAAGAAAAAUAAAAAAAUAAAAUCCAAUCUUUACUCUUGAUCCUUAUAACAGGGGUUGUAUGAGGGAUGGGUUUUGAAGGUUUCAGCAGCAGCAAAUGGCCUACCUUGGCUAGACACAAACGAUCCAAGAGCUUCCCGGAGGAAAUUAAACCGGUGAAUUCAGUUGAAGCCGGUUCUAAAUUGAAGAAGCCGGCUAUAGAACACUUAAAUGACUGUAAUGAAAAGAAGCAGUCAUCGGCCAAUGCCGAGAUCCAACAAUCGUUGAGGCAAGAGAUAGUGCUGCUUGAAAAGCGAUUACACGAACAGAUGUCCGUUCGCUGUGCUCUCGAAAAGGCGCUCGGUUAUCGAGUUUCCUCCCGUGACAUUGCUUCUGCCGAAGCCACAAUUCCUAAGCCGGCGACAGAACUCAUCAGAGAAAUUGCAGUGUUGGAGCUGGAAGUCGAGCAUUUGGAACAAUACCUUCUUUCACUCUACCGAAAAGCAUUCGAUCAACAAACUUCUCAGUCAUCUCCUUCGAAAAUAGAAGAAGGAUCGAAAUCUCCCCUGUGUCGACGGCUGGAUUUUUCAAGACCCGAGAUUAUACCCGAACCAGAAUCCGUCGAUCCACAGUUUCAUUCCGAUUCAAGAAAGGAAGCGAAUGGGGAAUCUGUCGACAGGCUCGUGGAUUCCGGCGUUCAGCGCUCUCACUCAUCGUUAUCUCAACUUUCGCCAUUGGAGCACGCGAGCUCCCCUCCCGAUGAGACUCUCGGAAAGGCCCUCCGCGCGUGCCAUUCGCAGCCAUUGUCGAUGAUGGAGUACGCGCAGAACUCUUCCUCGCAAGUGAUCAGCCUGGCAGAGCAUCUCGGCACGCACUUUUCAGGCCAUAUUCCAGACACACCAAACAAACUUUCCGAAGACAUGGUUAAGUGUAUGUGUAAUAUUUAUUGCAAGCUUGCAGAUCCUCCAUUGGCAAACUAUGGCCUCAAUUCUCCAACCUCGUCUGCGUCGUCCGUAAGUGCUUUUUCUCCGAAAGAUCAGCGCGGCCUGUGGAGUCCCGGAUUCAGGAACGAUUCGUCCUUUGAUGUCCGUCUGGAUAAUCCUUUCCAUGUCGAAGGUUUGAAAGACUUCAGCGGACCUUACAGCACGAUGAUUGAAGUGCAUUGUAUAUACAGAGACAGUCAGAAACUCGGCGAUAUCGAAUACUUACUACAUAACUUUCGGUCUCUAAUAUCGAAAUUGGAAGGAAUCGACCCUCGGAAGAUGUCGCACGAGGAGAAGUUGGCAUUCUGGAUCAAUGUACACAAUGCUUUGGUGAUGCACGCAUUCUUGGCGUACGGCAUCCCUCAGAACAGCAUGAAGCGGAUGUUUUUGCUCUUGAAGGCUGCAUAUAACGUCGGAGGUCAAGUAGUAAGUGCCGACACCAUACAGAGUUCGAUCUUGGGAUGCCGAAUGUCUCGCCCCGGACAGUGGCUUAGGUUGCUACUCCCUUCGAAAACGAAAUUUAAAUCAGGCGAUGGACGCCAAGUGUAUGGAAUCGAACGCCCCGAGCCCCUUCUGUAUUUUGCACUUUCGUCGGGGAGCCAUACCGAUCCUGCGGUUCGCGUGUACACGCCCAAACGGGUGUUUCAAGAACUAGAAGCAGCAAAAGAAGACUAUAUCCGCGCGACAUUUGGGGUCCGGAAGGAUCACAAAAUCCUCCUGCCGAAGAUCGUGGAGUCGUUCGCCAGGGACUCCGGCCUGUGCCAAGCUGGCAUUGUCGAAAUGAUCCAACAAUCCUUGCCCGAAUCGCACAAGAAAAGCAUCAAGAAAUGUCAGCAGCAGGCCAAGAACCGGAAAAACAUCGAAUGGGUUCCGCAUAACUUCGCUUUCAGGUACCUUAUACUGAAAGAGCUGGUGAAGUAAGAUUAAUACAUUGUCUGUUUUCCGGUAGUUGAAUCUCUGUAGUGUAAAGGAAAUUAAAAUAGAUUUCGAGCUUGAAGAUGAUCUGAUCAUUUUGGCCUGAUUUUGUAACAUUUCUGUGAGGCUAUGAUCUUGCAUUUUUGUAGAUAAAUCGAUCAGACUAUGGCAAGAUUCUAUAUAUAUAUAAAAUCAUUAUUAACUCGGAAAACAGGCAGUAAAAAAACGGGAUCGAUCGGACAGGGAUAAUAAUAA